UUGGUAAACAAAUGAUGCAGCCACUUCAAAAAUUCUGCCAUUUAUAUUUGCCUGAAGUAGUGCAAUUGCCAUUCAACCGAAAACCCUCACAGAGACAACAACAGAAAAAAUGUCAAGGUUUGCCAUAUUACUUUUAUUUGGAGUGGCUGCAUUGGAGGCUUUGCCGCACGACUUUUUCUUACAAGAAUGGGCACAGUUCAAAGAAGAGCACGGAAAAGCCUACAAGAAUUUGCUAGAAGAGAAAUUUCGCAAGAAUGUCUUCAUCAGUAACAAAAUGAAGAUUGACCAACACAACGAGAUGUUCAGACAAGGUCUGGUCACAUACGACAUGAAAAUGAACCACUUUGGAGACCUUCUUGAACAUGAGUUUAAGUCUCUGUUCAAUGGAUUUAACAGAUCCUCAACUCCAAAAAACACUGUGUCAUUUUAUACUCCAUCAGAAGAUGAACUUCCAGAGUCAGUAGACUGGAGGCAAAAAGGAGCUGUGACACCAGUAAAAGUCCAGGGGCAUUGUGGCUCUUGCUGGGCUUUCAGCACUACUGGUGCUCUAGAGGGACAAUUGUUUUUGAAAACAGGCAAGCUGGUCUCACUCAGCGAACAAAAUCUGAUAGACUGUUCAGAAGAAUAUGGCAAUGAAGGAUGCAAAGGUGGUUUAAUGGACAACGCUUUCACUUACGUCUAUGACAACAAGGGAAUCGACACUGAAUCUUCUUAUCCGUAUGAAGCUAAGGAGGGCAAAUGCAGAUACAACCCAAAGAAAAGUGCCGGAAGUGAUAAUGGGUACGUUGAUAUUAACGAGGGUGAUGAAGAAGAUCUUAAAAAUGCCAUCGCCAAUGUUGGACCAGUCUCUGUAGCCAUUGAUGCUUCCAACCCAUCCUUCCGGUUCUAUUCAUCAGGUGUGUACUAUGAACAAUCCUGCAGCCCAAUGGACCUUGACCACGGUGUGCUGGCUGUCGGUUAUGGCGUCAAAGAGGGACAGGAGUACUGGUUGGUGAAAAACUCUUGGGGUCCUAUGUGGGGAGAGAACGGAUUCAUCAGAAUGGCCAGGAAUAAGAAAAAUCACUGUGGAAUCGCUACUUCAGCCAGCUACCCAGUUGUAUAAAUAAAUUAAAUAAAAGUGAUAUUUAUUUUGGCAAAAC